CAUCGUCAGAAUCAACGAACAACCUCUGUCUUCGUUCCAAGGACUACCAGCAAUACCAACACACUCUCAACACCAGGAUAACUCUAAUCCGUCACCAUGUCUCCCUCUGUUCUCGAGCCGCAGAGCGUCCCCACUCUUGUCAACGUCGGUCUCAAGGCCGUAGGCAGGAACGAUGCCCCCGUUGAGCGUGAUGCCAGGGGCUUGUCCAAGUCUCUUCUGGAGCUCAUGCCCACCCUCGGCACUGACGCCUUCACCUUUUCCCCCAUUCGCGAAUCCACCGUUUCGCGCGCCAUGACCCGCCGCUACUUCGCUGACCUGGACGCCCACGCCGAGACCGACAUUGUCAUUGUCGGCGCCGGCUCUUGCGGUCUCUCAUGCGCCUACGUCUUGUCCACCCUGCGGCCCGACCUGCGCAUCACCAUAGUCGAAGCAGGCGUCGCCCCGGGAGGUGGCGCUUGGUUGGGCGGACAGCUCUUCAGUGCCAUGGUGAUGCGCAAGCCUGCCGACGUCUUCCUGGACGAGGUUGGCGUGCCGUAUGAAGAUGAGGGUGACUACGUGGUGGUCAAGCAUGCCGCUCUGUUCACUUCGACUGUGCUGAGCAAGGUCUUGCAGCGGCCCAACGUCAAGCUGUUCAAUGCCACGACCGUCGAGGACUUGAUCACCAGGAAGCACCAUGCCGAGUCUUCGUCGUCAUCGGAUGAUGGCGAGGCCGAGGACGAGGCCAAGGUGAGGAUUGCGGGUGUGGUGACCAACUGGACCCUCGUGUCAAUGCAUCACGACGAUCAGAGCUGCAUGGACCCCAACACCAUCAACGCCCCAGUUAUCAUCAGCACCACGGGCCACGAUGGUCCUUUUGGUGCCUUCUCUGUCAAGCGUUUGGUCAGCAUGAAGCAGAUGGAGCGCCUGAACGGCAUGCGCGGGCUGGAUAUGCAAUCCGCCGAGGAUGCUAUUGUCAACAACACUCGCGAGAUCGUCCCGGGUCUGAUUGUUGGCGGUAUGGAGUUGUCGGAGAUUGACGGUGCCAACCGCAUGGGACCUACCUUCGGAGCCAUGGCUCUCAGCGGUGUCAAGGCUGCCCACGAGGCCAUUCGCGUCUUCGACCUCCGCAAGGCUCAGAACGACAAGUGCUAAGCCUGCUCAAGACGUUGAAAGUAGUGACUAAAAUGAGGGAGGAUUUAUGUAUGCAAUUUGUUGAAUGAUUCGAAUCCAAAGUUUGUUUGUGUCCAUUUGGAUCCAGU